CUCAGUGACUCUUCAGGAGAGCAGGAAACAGGAGAUAGCGAGAGCGCCGACCGGGAACGGUGUCGGUGAACGUCGAGUUUUAGGGCAGAAAGUCCUGGAUUUCAACAAAACAUUUCGGAUUUAUCGGCUAGAACUCGAGUGAAUGUGGAACUGCUUGAGGAAGAUGACAUUUUAUAUUUAGGAUUUGUUUUUUAACCUAGGCGGUUUACGUACAGUGUACAGUGGUUUCCCGACGUUUCUUAUGCCUUUGGAUCCUACAGCUUGGGCUGCUUUUCUUCUGCACGAAUCCGAUGAUGUGGUGACGCGGCUCAAUAGCUGAUAAGAAAACUAAAGGAUACAUGUUUUUGGGUUUUCUUUUGCUUCCUUUUGCCUUAAGUACAACUUAAUAAUCGGCAAGAGGAACAAAAACACUUUUUCAAGGCUCAGCCUAGUGUUUUAGCUAGCUAGCAGUUCAGCACCCAUUGCUUACUAUUCUUUGGGAAGUUUAGCUUGCAUGCUCGCUAGUUAGCUAGCUAACCUAGAUAGCUACCAAUUUUAUCUGUAGGGUUAACAUAAAUGUUUCUUGGUCAAACACAAUUUGUAAUGACAUUUUCUUAAUCCGUCUAAAUAUAAAUAGGCACAACAAUGGUUCUGGAAGAUAGAUAAUGUCAACAAACGUUGUUUUAUAUUACGUUUUUUACUUUAGCUAGCUAGCUAUGUGUUCUUUUCAAAGUAUAUGAGUUAGAUAAUUGCUACUAGUUAACUAGCUAACUACUAGUUAAAUUGGCUAGCUAGCUAGUUAACGUUUGGAGAAUAAUGUUACUCUGGAGUGAUUGAGGCCUUGGAUUUUUUGGUUUUGGGCAAGCUUCUCCAACACAUGAGGUGACUGUAAAUUACUUAAUCCAGUGGAUGGAUUCAGUGUUUCGAAUGGCUUGGAGAAUAACUUGCAACUAACCGGUAUAAUUGAAUCUGCCUUGAGUGAAAGCCGGGGUCUGACUGGACUGACUCAACGAACACAGGCUGACACUUCACCAAACCUGCAAAGAUGAUGUGUGAGGUGAUGCCCACCAUUAGUGAGUCAGAGGUUGGGAGUAAUGGCAGUGGGCGGGGCUCUGGCUCACCACUGCAGUCAGACUCAGAGGGGCACUUUGAGUCGCUGAUGGUGUCCAUGUUGGAGGAGAGAGACCGGCUGCUGGAGACUCUCCGAGAGACCCAGGAGAACCUAGGCCUGACUCAGAGCAAGCUCCACGAGAUCAGCCAUGAACGAGACUCCCUCCAGAGGCAGCUCAACACUGCCCUACCUCAGGAGUUUGCGGCGCUGACUAAGGAGGUGAAUAUGUGCAGAGAACAGUUACUGGAGCGGGAGGAGGAGAUUGCCGAGCUGAAGGCGGAGCGCAACAACACACGGCUGCUGCUGGAGCAUUUGGAGUGUCUCGUGUCCCGCCAUGAGCGCUCUCUGAGGAUGACGGUGGUGAAGAGGCAGGCCCAGUCUCCUGCUGGCGUCUCCAGCGAGGUGGAGGUCCUCAAGGCCCUGAAGUCUCUGUUUGAGCACCACAAAGCCCUUGAUGAGAAGGUGAGGGAGAGAUUGCGUGUUGCUCUGGAAAGGUGCAGUGCAUUAGAGGAACAGUUAACAGUCUCUCAUAAAGAGAUCGCCCUGCUCCGAGAUCAGAACAGCCAGAAGAAGGUGCUGAUCGACGGCAUGAAUGAAAUCAACCACAACUCUGAGAACACUCCCAGCACCAAUGGCAAGAGGUCGUCGGACGGCUCACUGGGCCCUGAUGACGAGGUGGGCAAAGUGGCCGACCUACAGGAAGUGAUGGACAGGCAGAGCAAGGAGCUCGUGCAGCUGAAGGAGCGCGUGGUGUCCCUCAGCAACCGGGUGGCCGAGCUGGAGGAGGACCUGGACACGGCCCGCAAAGACCUCAUCAAAUCUGAGGACACAAACACCCGCUUGCAGAGGGACAUACGGGAGUCAGUUGCACAGAAGGAGGACAUGGAGGAGCGCAUUACCACACUGGAGAAGCGCUACCUGGCCGCACAGCGAGAGGCCACCUCCGUUCACGACCUCAACGAUAAGCUGGAGAAUGAGCUCGCCAACAAGGAGUCCCUCUUCUGCCAGACGGAGGAGAAGAACAGGCAGCUGCAGGAGAGGCUUGAGCUGGCCGAUCAAAAACUGCAGCAGACCAUCCGCAAGGCCGAGACCCUCCCCGAAGUGGAGGCGGAGCUUGCUCAGAGAGUAGCCGCCCUCACUAAGCCUGACCAUUCGGUGGGCAGUGGUUCUAAGGAGACUAAAGCCCAGAGGAAGGCUGAGGAGCGGCAUGGGAAUGUGGAGGAGCGUCUGCGGCAAAUGGAAGCUCAGCUGGAGGAGAAGAACCAGGAACUGCUCAGGGCCCGUCAGCGGGAGAAAAUGAACGAGGAGCACAACAAACGUCUGUCUGAGACAGUGGACAGGCUUCUCUCGGAGUCCAAUGAGAGACUACAACUCCAUCUAAAGGAGAGGAUGGCUGCCCUGGAGGAUAAGAAUGCCCUGAUCAGGGAGCUGGAUCACACAAAGAAAUUAAUUGAGGAAGCUCACCAUGACAAAGAGCAGCUGCUGAUCCAGAUCGAGACGAUGCGCUCAGAGGGCGAGCAGGACCGGAGCCGGAACAACUCUGUGCUGCAGCAGGGGCGGCCUCACAUGGACAGUACCCCAGACUUCAGGUACCCAGUGUCUGCGUCCUCUAUGAUGGACAGCCAUUCAGACCACUAUGGCGGUGCCCUGGUGCUCAGGCGGCCCCAGAAGGGGCGGGCUGCUGCUCUGCGUGACGAACCCUGCAAGAGGCAUGUACAGACUCUGAAUGAGCAGGAGUGGGAACGGGUGCAGCAGGCCAACGUUCUGGCCAAAGUUGCCUAUGCCUUUGAAAGCGACGUGGAUGUCUCAGACGUGGAGGAUGACCGAGAGACCAUCUUCAGCUCGGUGGACCUGCUGUCCCCUGCUGGACAGGCUGACGCACAAACCCUCGCCCUUAUGCUCCAGGAACAGCUGGAUGCCAUCAACAACGAGAUCAGAAUGAUCCAGGAGGAGAAGGAGAGCACGGCUCUCCGUGCCGAGGAGAUUGAGUCGCGGGUGGGCAGCGGUGACAGCCUCACCACUCGCUUCCGCUCCAUGGGCUCCAUCCCACCUUCCUUCCCAGGCUCCUCCCACUCUGGCUCCUCCCCCCCAGGCUCGGGGCACUCCACCCCUCGCCGGGCUCCACGCAGUCCCAGCAGGGAGGUUGACCGCAUGGGGGUCAUGACCCUGCCUAGCGACUUGCGGAAGCAUCGUAGGAAGCCUGUGCAAGAUGACAAAGCGACCAUCAGGUGCGAGACGUCUCCGCCAUCCACCCCUCGCUCCGUGAGGCUCAGCCGAGGAGGACAUGCUGCCAGCCACGAAGACAUCCGGAGCCCUGCAGCCCUGCAAGACGGUCAAGGCAGCAACCCCAGUAGCAGCAACAGCAGUCAGGACUCGCUCAACAAAGCCGCCAAGAAAAAGAGCAUCAAGUCAUCCAUUGGGCGCUUGUUCGGCAAGAAAGACAAGGGCCGACCGGGGCCCCCGGUCAAAGAGUCCUUCAGUCAAGCAGGCACGCCGGAGGCAGAGGGCUCCCAGGAUCCCAUGGUGCUCAGCAAGCUCGGCGGCCCUGGCGAGAAGAACAGGAAGCUGCAGAAGAAUCCAAAAACAGGGCAUGAGCUGCUGGAGGAGGCCCGAAGACAGGGCCUGCCCUUCGCCCAGUGGGAUGGUCCUACUGUAGUUGUCUGGCUGGAGCUGUGGGUGGGCAUGCCGGCCUGGUACGUGGCAGCCUGCCGUGCCAAUGUGAAGAGUGGUGCCAUCAUGUCUGCCCUGUCUGACACGGAGAUCCAGCGGGAGAUCGGCAUCAGCAACCCCUUGCACCGGCUCAAGCUGCGCCUCGCAAUCCAAGAGAUCAUGUCCCUGACCAGCCCUUCAGCACCUGCUACUUCCAGAACGUCCACGGGCAAUGUUUGGGUUACACAUGAGGAGAUGGAGAAUCUUGCAGCCACGCCCCCCACGGAGGAUGACGAGGGUAGCUGGGCCCAGACCCUGGCCUAUGGCGACAUGAACCAUGAGUGGAUUGGAAACGAGUGGCUUCCCAGUCUGGGCCUGCCCCAGUACCGCAGUUACUUCAUGGAGUCUCUGGUGGAUGCCAGAAUGCUUGACCACCUCACCAAGAAGGACCUCCGUGGACAGCUCAAAAUGGUGGACAGCUUCCACAGGAACAGUUUCCAAUGUGGUGUGAUGUGUCUGAGGCGGCUCAACUACGAUCGCAAGGAGUUGGAGAGGCGGCGUGAGGAGACUCAGAUGGAGGUCAGAGAUGUUUUGGUUUGGAGUAAUGAGCGGGUGAUUAAGUGGGUACAGUCCAUUGGUCUGAAGGAGUACGCCAACAACCUGCUAGAGAGCGGCGUGCACGGCGCACUCAUUGCCCUCGACGACACGUUUGACCACAACGCACUGGCCCUGUUGCUGCAAGUCCCCACACAGAACACACAGGCAAGGGCAGCAUUGGAGAGGGAAUACAACAACCUGCUGGCUGUGGGAACAGAGAGGAAAUUGGAGGAGGACGAUGACAAGAGUUUCCGGCGAGCUCCUUCCUGGAGGAAGAAGUUCCGGCCCAAAGACGUGCGUGGCUUCGGGGCGAGUUCGGCCGACACACUGCCGGCCAGUUUCAGGGUGGCCAGCUCGUCCACUUCCCCUGCCAUGCAGCCAAAGAAGCACCAGCUGGACGGGGGGGUGAGUAGUGUACAGAGGUUGGAUUCUGCUGCAGUCAGGACCUACUCAUGCUAACCCAGCUCCAGGUUUAUUCCCAUUAUCUCUAUAGGCAGUGUCUCUGACAGCGAGAUGCCCUCUUCAGAAUGGGAGUUAAAAUGGACAAGGACCCUGAGAUCUUUCAGUGUGGAGGAUUAUUAUGAAAAGACAUCUGCCCAGUACCCUUGAAGACAUAUUUUAAAUCUAUUAAUUAUUCUAUUUAUGUAAACCAAUGGGACAUUUCAUUUAUUUAGUUAUGUUUCUGUAUCAUUAUUUGCCCAUUUUCUUCCCUAUUUUGUCCAUAUGUUUAACUCUAUCAGAUGUAACUGAAUGUAUUACAAGUCUGAAGUUUGUACAUUUAGAUCUCCAGACAUAUCUAAUCUUUUUAUAAUCCUUGUCUUGUAGUUGUCCAUAUCUGCUUUGGUUCCUUUUGUGAUGAGAACAUCUAAGCUUAAGUGACAUUUGUGUGAUUUAACUUAAUUUUGUCACCCCCAUUGGUUCUUAAGGAGCAUUUUGGUGUUGAUUUUAAGAUUAAUGCAGUUGUAUUAUGUGAAUAUCAGAACUGGUGCGAAUCUUGGAGCGUUUUUCCAUGGACUGUAAGAUGUUGCUGGUCCAUUAAGCC